UUGUCAUGUAAAUGUAUAGAUCCUUAGUGCAAUCAUAAUUUAAUGAUGGCGAUCUCUAUUUAAUUUCGCGAAUUGACGUUUAUCACGAUUGCAGUACAUUCCCGAUUAUGCUGUACAAAUAAAUAAAGUAUAACAUAUAAAGUGUGUUGAGUUACUACGACGACGACGAAGGGAGAAACCCAAUGCCCCCGAGUAACAGUGAGGCCCAGCACGUGUGACUCCAAGCUGCUUCGGUAUUUUACAAAGAAGGCCUCCAUAUGUUAAAUCCUUGGCCCUCCGGCGCGCGUGCUCUUAGUCCGGUGCCUAAGGCCUGUGAGCUUAGCCCCAAGACGUGACUUCACAGUACCCCCACCUACCGUUUCUAGCAUGCACUUCAAAGGUUGCUGCUAACACCUUCUGCUGAAGCUCCGUGCUGGGAUGCGGCGCGCGGUAACCAUGGAGACUCUUGGGACGCCCCGAUCGCUGCUGCAGUAUAAAGCCAGAGGAGGAGACUCGGCUCUUGUUUAAAUAUCUGACCGAACGGCCCUUUUUUCAACACGGAGAAGGACCUGUCUUAUCCACCGUGCCAUUUGACAUACAUGGAACUUGAUUAGUGAAUGAUCCACCUUUCUGUUUAAUUCCUCCAUCUUUAGCCUGUAGCCUACAUGCCAGAAGUCCCCACUGCUUCAGUGAUGAUGGGAGCACAGCUCCCAGCUUUCAAAUUUCGCAGCCGGCGUGAGGGUGUGGAUUACCGACGGAUCAAUUCAAUUGAUGUAGACAGGGUGGCCAGUGAACUAGACUUAAACACACUACAGGACAACAUCAUGUGUGUGACAUUUUGCAACAUGGAUGGGGAGAAAUGCGCAUACUGCCACAAUCCAGUUGAUUCAGUUCUUCUAAAACUCUUCCGACUGGCACAGCUCAUGCUGGAGUAUCUGUUGCAUUCCCAGGAAUAUCUUACUUGCAGUUUGCAGGUGGAGGAGGGGAAGGUGCAUGCCCUAACCUGUGAGAAAGAGCAGAUGAUGAGGGAAAUGGAGAAGCAAGCAGAGGAGAUUAAAUCCCUGAAGGAGGAAUGCAGAAAGAGGAAGAAAAUCAUUAGCACUCAGCAGACAAUGAUCCAAGCUGGUGUUGCUAAUUAUCAUAAGUGUCAGUGUUGUGAGAAGGCGUUUAUGAACUACUCUUUUCUACAAAGUCAUAUACAGAGGCGCCACCCGGAGCAGUACAUCAAUGCUGUAGAAAAGCAAAAAACGGGACAAAAUAAUAAGUUUCAAGAGGAGAUUAACAAGCUCAAGGAACAAUUAGAACUGACAAAAUCCCAAUUGGAAACUGAGCAACAGGUAUACCGGACCCGGCUUUCACAGGAAUAUGAGCAUCUUAAGUCAAAAGAGAAUGAAGCAUUGGAUCGAUUUGAAAAGUGGAAGAAGGAAGAGAAGGAAAAACUUGAUGAAGAAAUAAAAAUAAUGAGGGAAACAUUCACUGCGGAAUGUAAGGCCCUAGCAGUUAAAAAUUCCACAUUAGAAAGUCAACUUUCAGAAAUGAAGAAGUCCUAUGUGUCACUGAAGUCCAGCUCCAGUCCUGUGAAUGAAGAUGUUACCAAGUGCAAAAGUAAUAAAGAAGAAAGACAAUGGAAACAUAAAGAAUGGCAGAACCUGAAAGAGAUGCUGAAGGAACAGGAAGCAAAGUGGGCAGUUAAAAUGGAGAAGCUCUAUGAAGAACACAAUCUGGAAAAGCAUAAACUUCAAAAUGACUUGAAGAGACUCUGGUCUUUGGUAGCCAAGGAUAAAGAUGUUUACAGAACAUCGGUAGAGGAGCUUGGCGAGAAACUACAGCAGCAGAAUGAAAUCAUUAUCAAACAGAAGCAAGAGAUUAAGCAGCUGUCUUGUAAACCCCCAGAAAAAGAAAAAGAAGUCAAACCUCUUACUUCAGCACCUCAAGUUCGUCAAAUCAAUCCUACAGUGUAUACCAGGCAAGCACAUGUAGUGUCUCAACAUAUACUGGAGCCUAUAGAAGAGCUUUCAGAUGAGGAUGAAGAUUCUCCUAAUAUUUCUGAAAAAAGGAACAGUAGUAACAAGCUUCUGAUUGACACCUUAAGAAAAAAUCCAUCUUUAACUAAGGAGAUACAUUCUGUACUGGAGCAGACUUUGGAAGAAAAGCUGGAACUCUUAGGUGUCAAAUCAGGAUCCAGAGGCAUCUCAAAUGAACAACUUAACAAAAUAAUGAGCAAAAUGAAAGUAUAUAGACAGAGCAAAGAAAAACAGAUGCCCAGCUUUCACAGUAUUAGAGAACAUCUUGGCAACCAAAUGAAUAAGAAGGCCGAGGAGAGAAAUGCGUCAUUAAACUCAUUUGUGCCGAGCUUUGACUCUCAUCAACCAAUAUCAGGAAGGCAAAGAGCUCAAAGCUUAUCAUUAAAUGAAAGGCCACAGCUUGUAAAACAAAAAGUGAAACAGCAAACGCCACAGCCAGCUCCGCGAACAACAAGCAUCAAAAACUUAAGGACUUCAACACCAAGGACUCCUCCAUUCAGCUCUGAAGAUGAAUCAGAUGAAGAAUAUAUGAACAAGGUUCCCAUUCAGGCAGAAGCUAUGUAUUCAAAAGUACACUAUCCUGAAACAUCAAAAGCAAGUGUGAAUUCUUUUGAAAGUGAUAAUGACUGGACAGAUGUUAGUGAAAUGGAAGAGAUUGAUCCUGGGCUUUUAAGUAAAAAUCACAAACAGAACAAAGGUGCAAGAGAGGCAGUUUCAAGUGUUACUGUGAAGGAGCUGACAGAUACUAUUGAAAGACAACUUGCCAGUCGAACAGCUGUGACCAAGCCUGUGGGAGGUGUAGAUGUUGUGAAAGUACCUGAAAAGAAAGAAGUAGCAAAAGAACUAAAGCUUUCAGAUGUAGAAGAUGAUGACUGGGAUAUAUCUUCAAUAGAGGAAAGCAAACCUUCAGUACCAGAAAAGAGCCAACCUGUCUUCAAUGCCAGAAAAAGUACAGAAUCAAAUUCGUCUACCAGCAUCUGGGGAACUUAUACAGGAAAGGGAGGUAAAGAACGCCUUCAAGAAGGUGAUGCUUCAAGUACUCUCAAAAGCAGUCUGGUGACUGUAACCGACUGGAGCGAUUCUUCAGACGCUGAUUAGCUCUGACAGACUGGAACAAAGAAGAACUCUUAACGUUCCUGAUGGAACAGGCUAAGCUCAAGCAGGGUGACGCUUUGUCUUGUCUCGACAAAGAAUAUAUGGAAAGUAUAGAAGAUCAUGAUCCUGUUGGUCAGUUAUUGAAGGCAUAAAGAACCAUUUCAUUUGUAGAACUGACUUCCUACAAGACAGUGGACUCUGUUUUCAUUAGUUGGUCAGUUUUUUUUUGGAAAAAUAAUUAUUAAAUAAGAUGUUCUAACAUAAAUAUAUAUAUAUUUUUACAAGACUAAGAUUAUAUGUCUUAAUGUAAUAUUACAGAGGAGAAUUAUAUUUCCAAUAAAAUAUAAGUGAUACAUUA